GGCCGGCAGGGUCGGGCCGAUGAAGGGUGCUCCGCCUGCCUCCUGCCCGCCUACCUCUUUUCCUCAGGGCCAUGGGCAGUCCCCUUGAGAGUCUUUGGGGGGUAGGGUGGGGAGAGGUGAACAUCCCGCGCCCAAGCCGAGCGCAGUUGGUACAGGGCGGGCAACGACAAGGUGGUAGACUUGGAAGACGACGCGGGGAGCCUCUCCGGUGCAAUGUCUGAACAAGAGCGUAUACAGCAAUGCCUGAGGAAGGAAAUAAGGUCACUUCUCAUUUCCACCAAAGAUGGUUUGACCCCAGAGCAGUUGGAAAAGGAGUACCUUUUGAUGGUUGGCAACCAUUUACCGCUCAGAAUCCUUGGGUACCGGUCCACUAUGGAGCUGGUGUUGGAUAUGCCUGAUGUUGUCAGUGUCUGCCCCUGUGGGGAUGGUACUGUAAUACUGAAAGCCAUCCCAGAUGAGUCCACCAAAGGAAUAGCAAAUUUAGUUGCAAAACAGAAGAGCAACCAUAAGGUUCGAAACUCCGUGCAGAAGGGAAGGGCCAGUGUUUGCUCUGGUCCCAGCUCUCACCGGCGAGUACCUUACCGAGGAAAGGUGCCCCCUAUUCUUCCAGCUGUUGUGAAGAGUGAAUUGAAAGACCUCUUGGCGUUAUCUCCUGUUCUCCUUUCUGAUUUUGAAAAGGCGUUUGCCAAUCGAUUUGGACGAUCAUUCCAGUAUGUGCAGUAUGGCUUCCUUUCUAUGUUUGAAGUGCUGAAUGCCGCUUCAGAUGUUAUUUCUGUGGAGCAGACCAGAGCAGGUUCUUUGUUGACGCUGAAGAAGAGUGUAUCAGAGGAAAAGCAGAGAGGAUGGCCUGCAGGUAAGAUUUUCACCCAGCCUUUUAGAAUGGAGCAACAAGGGUCAUGUCCCACAGGCUUCCCAGUAGCAAAGACAUGCUCUUCACAACCCACUUCAAACAUAGAACCACCGAAGCAAAUACUGGGCAUGGAAAGGAAUUCUAGAUCAAAUGUAAUGCAGACUUCAAGGCUGAAUCACAGUGAAAAAUUAAACCAGUUGGAGAAUACCUUCAAAUCAGUUAUUGCACAGAUUGGACCUGGAGGGACUAUUAAUCCAGAACUAAAACAUAAGAUAAAAUUUGUUGUAUCCAAGUUUCCAGAGGGUUUGCUUAUUUCUAAACUGCUAAGAGAGUUUGAGUUAAUUUUUAAAGAGCAACUUUCACCCAAAAAACUGGGCUUCUUAAAUGUAAUAGAGCUUGUUGGAGCACUUAGUGACAUUCUCCAUGUUGAGUUCAGGGAAGGAGAACAAGACUUGCUGGUGUUUGAUGCUGAUAUGAAGCCUCUAGCAUCUGAUGGAGCUGUGUCAUCAGUCAGAAAUUCAUGUGUAGUUCAAUCAGAUAAGAAAAUAGAAGCCAAAGCUUGUGUGUCCAGUCCCCCUAGAAAUUCACUGUCUACUGUUGUUAUCAAGGAAACUACUUGGGAUUGCCCUUCAAAAAGCCAUAAGGAACCAGAACAGAAGAUUUUCAAGAAGCCUAAUCUGGUGGUAAAACCUUUGCAGCUGCAAAUAGAAAUUAACAAAUCCCAGCUCAACUUGGCAGUGGCAAAUCAUGACAUCCCACCAGAUGCUGUGCAGGACAAGAAGUUAUGCAGACUGCCCCCAUUAGAUACCAGUACCCUCGUGGGUGUCUUUGUGGAGUAUAUAAUCUCUCCUAGUCAAUUCUACAUCCGAAUCUACAGCAGGGAUUCAUCAGAGUUACUUGAGGACAUGAUGAUUGAAAUGAGGCGCUGUUAUUCUAAUCAGUUGGUUUCUGAUCGCUAUGCCAUGGAAGAGUGUUUUAUCCAGCCAGGACAUCUCUGUUGUGUAAGGAUUUCCGAGGAUAAGUGGUGGUAUCGGGUCAUUAUCCAUCGAAUUCUCGGGAAACAGGAAGUUGAAGUGUUCUAUCCAGAUUUUGGAAACAUUGGAACUGUUCAGAAGUCUUCCCUGAGGUUCCUCAAGUGCUGCUACACCAAGCUCCCUGCUCAGGCCAUCCCUUGCUCUUUGGCCUGGGUGAGACCAGUAGAGGAACAUUGGACACCCAGAGCUAUUUUGCAGUUCCAGAAGUUGUGUGGUUUGAAGCCAUUAGUAGGGGUAGUGGAUGAAUAUGUAGAUGGGAUCCUGAACAUUUUCCUGUGUGAUACGUCCUCAAAUGAAGAUGUCUAUUUCCACCAUGUUUUGAGGACAGAGGGUCAUGCUAUUGUAUGCCGAGAAAAUGUCCCUUCUAAGGGUUUCAGAGACCUCAACCCUUUAGCUUUAUACACUAAAUCCAGUGUGAGGCCUGAGGACAUUGUCCUGAAAGAGCUGGGCUAUUCUUCCCAGCACUAUUUUAACGAAGACCGAGAGAUCAGUCCACAAUCAAAAGAGAGUGACUUAUAUACCCUGCAAGAUAUUAAGGAUGAAAAGACUUUCAGUCACCUUAGAUCAGUCACCUCAGAGGAGCCAUUAAAGGAUUCUAAGUUAAAUUCUUUGAAAAUACAAGAUAAGAGCUCUGAAGAAGAUCCAAAGUGGUCCAUCCCAGAGCUAAAGGAUCUGAAAGAAGAAAAUGAGGAUGAUAUCCCCACUGGAAUGCCUUGCCUGGAGUCAGUAACCAUAGGUGAUGAUAUUUGGGAUGAGAACUGGUUACCUUUGCAGGCUAAAAUGGGAAAAGAAAGUGAUGCUGCCUCUCACUUAUUUACCUCAAGCCUUGGUGGAAAGAAACCAUAUUCAUCAUGUAAAGAAUUGCCACAGAAGGAUUGGUGUUUUUCUACACCCAAAGAUAUAUGGGAUGAUUCAUGGCAGCCUUCAGGCCUUGUGAACGGAAUGAAAGAAGUUCAAAUACGAGAAGGACUGGGUGCUCAAGAAAAAUAUUUUGACACAACCAGGAUUCAAAAGCAACCAAAUGUAGAGAGUGCCUCAGAUUCUCCCGUGUUGCCCAAACUGGAGGAGUUCUACAUCUCUCUUAUCCAGUCACAGCAGUCAGCAGAAAGCGGCCAGUUUGAGCCUAGCAUCAUUCAGACUCCACCAAAGCAAAUUCAGCUGUCCUCAACUCCUGCAUUGGUCAAUUCUGGGUCAGUGGAAGGCUCCCCAGAGAGCCUAGAGAAUGAAGAUUUUUCUCGUAGCUCUGCUAUUACAGUGUUCAAAGAUACACGUCAGGGAGCCGUGGACCAGCUCUCUUUGAUUUUGUCUCCCGAGCACCAGAUUUCCCAGAAGCUCUACAUUCCUCGAAGCACAGCCACUGCUGCCUUAGGAGCUGCUGCGAGGCUCGCCACGUCCAAGAGCCUCCUGCACUGGUACCCAAGUGUGAAGAAGGUGGAGACUUGAGGGCAGUGGGGAGGGAAAAGUCAACCAGAGGCUUAGGGCGUGGUGACUUCCCAAGCCAAACCAAGAAGCAGGUAUUGAGACAAAAGCCGUAUUUUGUUGACAAAGUUUCUAGACAAAGUUUAUGCCUUUAUCUUUCUGUGAAACCCUUUGUUAGAUUUAUUAUGCUCACAGUCCCCUUUGUUGUUUAAGUAUUGAUUUCUAACAUUCAUUAUCAUUUUCAUGGAUGAUGUUUAUUUUUCUCAGAGUUUUGUUCACCUUUGUUCAAUGUAGAAGUUUAAAGGACUUUUUAGUUUCUAUGUUUCUAUAAAUGUUUUUCUUGUAUAUAUCAUGACUGAUAAAUGUAAGCUGAAAAACUGUUUUGUGAUCCAUAUUUAGUUAGAAAAAAAUUGUCGCAGCUCUGUCUCCAGAAAGAGGAUAUCUGACUUUUAAGGCUGCUUUUCCUCAUUUGAAAACUUCUAUACCAUAGAAGUAAUCUACGGCUCCAAUCUUUGCCGUCAUUAAUUCUUUGAAAUACUAGGAUCACUAAAAAAAUCCACACCAUGAAUCUUUGGUCAUGUGAACCCUUUUACAUUAAAAAAAAAAAA